UGGUGUGUAUUCAUUCUGAUUCAUUCUUUAGUACGCUUUUGUGUGAUUAGUUUCUUCUACUGUUUGGUCUGACUUGUGUUGCAAAUAUAUUCUUGUAAAUUAUUUCAGCGCAUAUUACAACUCAUCAAAUAUGCAGAUUUUUGUAAAAACACUGACUGGGAAAACCAUCACCCUGGAGGUAGAAGCUUCAGACACCAUAGAGAACGUGAAAGCGAAGAUUCAAGAUAAAGAAGGAAUUCCUCCAGACCAGCAGCGUUUGAUCUUUGCUGGCAAGCAACUGGAAGACGGGAGAACCCUCUCAGACUACAACAUCCAGAAGGAGUCCACGCUUCACUUGGUGCUGCGACUUCGAGGAGGAAUGCAAAUCUUUGUAAAAACGCUCACAGGGAAAACCAUCACCCUGGAGGUAGAGGCUUCAGACACAAUAGAAAACGUGAAAGCGAAGAUUCAGGAUAAAGAAGGAAUUCCUCCAGACCAGCAGCGUUUGAUCUUUGCUGGCAAGCAACUGGAAGAUGGGAGAACGCUCUCAGACUACAACAUCCAGAAAGAGUCCACGCUUCACUUGGUGCUGCGACUUCGAGGAGGAAUGCAGAUCUUUGUAAAAACGCUCACAGGGAAAACCAUCACCCUGGAGGUAGAGGCUUCAGACACAAUAGAGAAUGUGAAGGCAAAGAUUCAAGAUAAAGAAGGAAUUCCUCCAGACCAGCAGCGUUUGAUCUUUGCUGGCAAGCAACUGGAAGAUGGGAGAACGCUCUCAGACUACAACAUCCAGAAAGAGUCCACGCUUCACUUGGUGCUGCGACUUCGAGGAGGAAUGCAGAUCUUUGUAAAAACGCUCACAGGGAAAACCAUCACCCUGGAGGUAGAAGCUUCAGACACAAUAGAGAACGUGAAGGCGAAGAUACAAGAUAAAGAAGGAAUUCCUCCAGACCAGCAGCGUUUGAUCUUUGCUGGCAAGCAACUCGAAGACGGGAGAACGCUCUCAGACUACAACAUCCAAAAAGAGUCCACGCUUCACUUGGUGCUGCGACUUCGAGGAGGAAUGCAGAUCUUUGUAAAAACGCUCACGGGGAAAAUCAUCACCCUGGAGGUAGAGGCUUCAGACACAAUAGAAAACGUGAAAGCGAAGAUUCAAGAUAAAGAAGGAAUGCCUCCAGACCAGCAGCGUUUGAUCUUUGCUGGCAAGCAACUGGAAGACGGGAGAACCCUCUCAGACUACAACAUCCAGAAGGAGUCCACGCUUCACUUGGUGCUUCGACUUCGAGGAGGAAUGCAAAUCUUUGUAAAAACGCUCACAGGGAAAACCAUCACCUUGGAGGUAGAGGCUUCAGACACAAUAGAGAAUGUGAAGGCAAAGAUUCAAGAUAAAGAAGGAAUUCCUCCAGACCAGCAGCGUUUGAUCUUUGCUGGCAAGCAACUGGAAGAUGGGAGAACGCUCUCAGACUACAACAUCCAGAAAGAGUCCACGCUUCACUUGGUGCUGCGACUUCGAGGAGGAAUGCAGAUCUUUGUAAAAACGCUCACAGGGAAAACCAUCACCCUGGAGGUAGAGGCUUCAGACACAAUAGAAAACGUGAAAGCGAAGAUUCAGGAUAAAGAAGGAAUUCCUCCAGACCAGCAGCGUUUGAUCUUUGCUGGCAAGCAACUGGAAGAUGGGAGAACGCUCUCAGACUACAACAUCCAGAAAGAGUCCACGCUUCACUUGGUGCUGCGACUUCGAGGAGGAAUGCAGAUCUUUGUAAAAACGCUCACAGGGAAAACCAUCACCCUGGAGGUAGAGGCUUCAGACACAAUAGAAAACGUGAAAGCGAAGAUUCAGGAUAAAGAAGGAAUUCCUCCAGACCAGCAGCGUUUGAUCUUUGCUGGCAAACAACUGGAAGACGGGAGAACGCUCUCAGACUACAACAUCCAAAAGGAGUCUACAUUGCAUUUAGUAUUACGUCUUCGGGGGGGAAUGCAAAAUUUUACUGUCUUUGAUGAAAAAGUACAUUCUAGUUAAUCAAUGGGAAAUUAACUCUCCUGGUAGUCAGUUUGAUGUAGAUGACCAGUCGAACAACAGAGACACUUUGCAGUUAGGAACUCUAUGAAAGUCUUCAAACUGACUGCUGGGAAUAACAUCUCGAUCAGCAAUUUCUAGAAAAAUUGAUAGUAUUGAUAGUGACAUUAUACUACUUUUUUUUAUAUACAUUUCGUGUUCGGUACUACUUGCUGUCAGUAUGUAUUUCUUUAUUCGUAUAUAGUAACAAGAGUGGCAAGUUGUAUUGAUCCAAUUAUAUGUAAGGACACAAUCUUGUAAUGCACUUGUCUCCAUUAAAGCAUCUCCAUGAAAGAUAA